AUGGAGCUCACUACAGCCGCUCCAGUCUCUGCCGAUCAAAUUCAUAUCACUUUUACCACUGAUGAUCCACCACCUCGACCAGUUGAAAUGUACAGUUUGACCACGCGGUAUGGAUGCUCCAGAGCUCAAAAACUUGGAUGGUUCCUCUUCUUUCUUCUCUGUGUUCUUCUCGUUUGUGCGGGCAUCAUUUUGUACAACAUCUAUCAACAGUCGAGACAUUGA